CUGAGCUUUUGGAUCUCCUGGACAGGCCGUGCUUCUGGCCUCUCCGGUUGCUUCUGUUUAUCUGUGCUAAUAUGUGGUCGCACCAAUUUAACUGAAUUACCGGAGUGUACAAACUUAGCCGUUUUAUUUAUUUACAGCCGCCGUUGGGGCUGUUAAGCGAGUCGUGGAGGCUUCCCGUCCUGUAGCGGUAGCUCCUCCCAUUUAAAGUCUUAGAAAAUAGAGCUCGGUUUGUGCGGGGAAAGGAGCUCGUUCGCAGGCUCGCUGCGUCGUCAUUUCCUGAAAUAAUUUGCCCAAGUGUUUUUUUUCUUUUCCUCGUGGAACUCUGAUGUCGAUAUGAUUGCAACUCUGCUCUUUGUCUCUGGUGCCUUGCCUUCAAUUCUGUUACUUCAUAUCCCUACUUGUGUCUUUUCCCAUAAAUUGUUACUGCUUUUGCUCACUUAACUGAUGGCUUUUGCUUAAAAAUAGUAUUUUUGGUUUUUUUUCUUAAGAUACUAACAGAGGGAUUAUGUGUUUCUAACUACUGUGCUGUCUGAACUUCCCACGUUAAAACUACUCUGAAACACGUUCUUUCCUCUCCAUGCCUUGACUUCUUCCCUUAGUGGCCUUCUGCAGUCUUGUUUUUGCACUCUAUGUUAUUGAAACUGUCUAUCUUUAAUUUGUCCCUGCCCAAAUCCCCAGGCUCCUUUUCCCCCCUCCAGCAUUUCUUGCAUGGCUUUUUUGUGGCUUUCAGGUUGUAGAGCAGUCUGUGCUGUUUUAGUUUGUUUUCUACCAGCUUGUGCCUCCACAGGUGUUCUGAUUUACCAGCUACCUCACAGUGGUUCCACUUCCUCUCCUCAGCUCCUAUUGUCUUUGAAUCGUAAGGUUGCUACUUGGAGUUGUUCUCUGCUGCAGCUAGCUUUCAGAUGAGCAGAGCCGCUGUUGGUUUCAAAGAUGUAGUCUACAAGGGAUUCCCCAGUGUUGUCUUGGUGUCUGGUGGCUCGGUAGAUGUGGAGGCCCUGUAAGUUCCAGGUUCUUUAUGAGGCUGAGUGCUGUGCACCCAUGUAGUAGCACGCAGGUCCUGUCCUGCAGAGUUAGUCAGGUGUCUUGCUUGAUGCUGCAGGCAGUCAGUCACAGCAGUGCUCCUGUGCAGUGCCAAACUGCCCACUCUGGUGUUGACCAGCAGUCACAAAUCUUCAGCUCAAUUCACCUUCUUGUUUGCUUCUCAUCUUGCUGCUCUUCUGUCCAGGUGAUUAUUGGUGCCUCUUCAGCUCUCUGACCUUGCUGUGAUAUUUCAGAAUGCAUUUUGCCUCUUGUACAGGUGUGCGCUGAGAGUUACUACGCUUUUUGUAUGUAAAAGAUCAUUUAUAGCCCAUCUUCUGCAUGCCUUUGUCCAGCUAUCAGAGCCUUUUAAAUCUCACACAGUGUUUUAAAAGGUAAGGUUUAAGUACUGAGGUAGAGGUUACACUGUGAGAUGCCAUGAUAACGAGAGCGGGUGUUUUGAGCACCAGAAUCCAACUGUCUGUCUUCUAAAAUAUUGAAACUUUUUCAGAUGCUCACUUCUUUUUCUGCGUCUGUGGUCCAUAGACUGUGAGAUCCAAACACCUGCAUAUGGAUUCAAGAGUAUGGAACAAUGAAUGUCUGGUUAUUUUCUUUGUUCAGUCUGUAGCGAAAUGAAGUUUUGACUGUAAAUGUCUAAAAAAGGUGCUUUGUUGGAGAAAUGCUGUGUGGUUUAUCAGUAAUGUGUAUAAAACAGUUACAAUCCCAUUGCAGGUCCUAGGGGGGAUCCCUGCCCAAAUUAGCGCUGCUCUUGUCAUCAGCUUCAGCACUUAAUCUCUCUGAGUGCAUCCUGCUAGGCUUUGUUAUUCUGUAGGUGUUCAUUCUGCAGUCAGGAUUGUCCAUUUAGUUUCACGGGAUUGGUUUUAGGAGCGACAGCUACGUACAUCAGCUGAUGUGGUUGUGCUCCCACUGUUUGCUCACUGCGUUGGAUUCAAGCCAACUGGUUUGCUUCUGAUCUGAUAGCAAAGCUGCACCGGCAGAAAGUCGUAAUGUGUGGCGUUGUAAAUUGGUCAGCUAGCUGUGCUCCUGUGCAUUGGAGGUUUCUGCCUUUCCUGAUGGGUUGGAAAGGUUAAUUCACAGCAAUGGGCAGCAGCGUGUGCUUCUAGGAUUUAAGUGUGAGCACGUGGUGGCUUCAUGGCUGGAGCUGCAGGUGAUGCAUCGUCCUGUUGGAGGUGCAUGAGAUGGCAUGUCUGGAGAUUUGGGAUGAAAUAAGUACUCUGUGCAGGGCAGAGGGUGUUUUGAGGAUGUGAGAUCUGUGUUUUACACUCUGAACUAACGUGAUUAUUAUUAAAUUGCAUACUAAUACCACGUGCCAUCUAAAAAUAGCCUAACUGGGUUUAUGCAACAAAUCUCUGUGUUUUAAAAAUACUGCCUACCAGAUAUAAAUCUUAAAAGCCACUCUCUCUGUUUUGAAUACUGUGUAGGUUUCUUCAAGUCACUCGGAAUGUCAAUUGUCUUUCCAUCAUUAGCAGCCUUGAACAUCAGUUAAAAUGUUUGUAGGAGAUUGUCAUCUGGUCGUUUGGCUUUUUUCUGUCAGUGGAAAACUUCACCCUGGAAGCCUCUGACAAACAUUCAGAAAAUAUUUGGAAGAUUGUUGCUUCUUUAGAAUGUAAAAGGACUGGAAGGGUUGCAUGGUUUGAGUGGAACGCUGCACACGUGGCCAGGAACCCAGAGGUAGUCUGCACUAUGGAAAUGCAGGGUGAGAGUACAGCUCUUGUCUCACAUCCCAUGGCUUACGUUACAGGAUGUCUAAGGCACCGUGUGGCUUCACAGAGAUGAAGAGGUGGCACAGAACAAAGAAACAGUGUGAUAAUAUUGACCGGCACCUCACAGCUCCUGGGGGAUGUGAUGAGGGAGCUGUGAGAAUUUUAGCUGGAGGUUUGAAGGCUAAAUGGUAAAGCAAAGUUAUGGAACCAACUGCCAAGCAUGGGGAAUGGUGUGCAUUCAAAUGGAAAUAAGUAUUAUGUCAACUCUUUUUAUUUGAUGUCACUGUAGGGAUGCUAUUCCCACCCUGCUCUUGUAUAAACGCAUUAACCUAGCUGUUGAAACUUUUUAUGCUGUAGAUAGAAGCUGAGUCUUUGUCCAAGCAGCCAGGCACCAAAGUUCUCCAGAGCUGGUGAUACACUGAGCUGUGUAAACAUGUACAUCUCUCUUUCAUCUUGUCCACGUUUGUGGCUUGGUGGUGGCUUUCCUUCUUCCUUCCUUGCCCCUUGCUGAGCUGAUUCCCCAUUGCUUCUGCAGGUCGACUCCGCUUUUCCCCUCUGCUGGUCCCUAGUGGGACCUCAUCCAGCCCCCCUGUCUUCAGCUCUCAGCAGUGCUGGUAUUGAUCCCAAGUGGAAUUGCUGACCUUUAGGCUUUGCUUUGCCACUGGAAACUGUGAAUUAGACUUUUCAAACAGUACUGUUUCUUCAAACGUUCAUAAUGGAAAUUUCUACAAACAUCUAAGGGAACAAGCUUCUAGAAACUAGUGGGAUGCAAAUGAAUUGUGAUUCUGGAGCAACUGACGUUUGAAUUUUGUGAUGGCACUGAGACAGAGCGAAGUAAGCAGCACUUAUGGGGUGUCCUUCACAGGAGAUGGCUGUGUGAUACUCAGAUGUAAAAUUUCUUGAAAAUUCAGUUUGCAGUCAUGGAGAUGGAAAGAGGGAGAAGGAACAUAUUCCCACUCCUGAAAGGCCUUAUUGAUGUGCACGAGAUUGGACUUUCUUUGCAGAUGUGAGCAAUUUCUGAGCAAGUUAAGCCUGGACAUCAGAGGCGUACAGUGAGAAAGCAAGACCGAUUUUUGUGAUGGAAACAAUGAGUGGAAUUCUCAUUCUUUGUCCAUUCUCCUUCUGUUGAGGAAAGUGAAGGUUGAUUCAUGAUCUGGGCUGCCAGAUCACAGUUCCCUUCUGUGUUUGAAAGAAGUGUGGAUUGGCACAUUUUUCUCAGGUAUUUUUUGUUGAUGUUUUCUUCUUUUAUCUAUUUUAACUAAUGAAAACUACUGUCCAGCUAUCACAUGUUGGCCGUUCUCUGAAUGCACCAAUUUUUAGCCAGGAACUUGGUUGAUUUCUCUUCCUCUUACAUCCCCUUACUUAAAUUUGCUGUUUCCUGUUUAAAAUCCUGCACGUGACUUUUGGGAGAACUGCUUUUUCAAGGUUGUCUGCAUUGCACUGCACACGUUUUGACAACACAAGGCUGUACCUAUUGAAUUUUAAAUUGGUUUCUAAACUAAAAUUACUCCAGUCUUAAAACAAAAUUGAGAAGCCUUGCUAGGAGGAGUGUCUGUGGUCUCCACCGUGAGAUCUGGGUGGCGCUGGGCUUCGGAAGGCAGCUGCAAAGCAAAGAUACAGCAUUGCCUUCCAGUGUGACCUGAGGUGUGUGUUUGUGGUUGAGGCAGUGGGAGAUGAUGGAGUAGAGUAGUUCUGAUGCUCAGCUGAGGAUGUUGGCCACUCUGAUUGUGUUGCACAGUGUUUAAAGACGAGUUGAUAAGUUUCCAACAGGCAUCUUUCUGGGGUUAAUUACCCAGAUCUGUAGGCGAAUCCAAACACGGAUUUCUUUAGUUUGUUUUCUUACUGUGUUAUGAUUUACAGAUCAGCUUGAGUAGCUAUGCAGUAAGGAGCUGCUCGAUACUACGUUGGAGUUGUGUGAGGCCAAAAAAGUUUCUUCACGUUUAUGUAUAACUUGAGAGUAAUGCAAAGCACAUUGGCAGCCGGGUUUUCCAGAUAAGUAGAAUUUUCCAGCCUCGAGAAAGGAAUUCGCUUUGAAAUCCUUCCAUGCUAUAAUUUGUCAGUCUCCUCUCCUGAGCCCAGUGGUCACAGCACAGCGCUUGCUGCUGCUUAGAAUCAUAUUCUUAGAUCAGAGGAGAUCACAGACAUAGGAUUGGAAUUGGACCUCUGAGGCCAUCUAGUCCAACUCCCCUGCAGUGACACAGCCUGCAGAGCAGGAGCGAUAGCGCACAGUUCUGUGGCUGUUGAGCUUCUACUCGCUUGCUGUGCUGUACAAAACAAGGGUGAUUUUGGUGAAAUUUAUACUUCAACAAAAUUGGACUUGAUUUCUUUACUAGUUUGCUUUGUCUAAUUAGGAUAUAAUACUUUUAUCAGUCCUAUAAAUUUGGGCCUUUAAAAAGGCAAUAUACAAUGUUCCAGUAGGCUUUUCCAAGGGCGUCAAAGCAGGUUUGUGUGCUGAGAAUGUACCUCCUUUGCUAGGGCGCUCUGCCUUUGUUCAAGGCAGCUAAGAACGAAAGGAGCACAUUUGCUGGAUACGUGCACCUCAUAACCAUGCUGUGCCCAAUUCUUCUCCUCCUGUGGUCUGUGAGAUACAGUUUGCAGAUGCUUCCCCUCUUCCUGCAGCUGUGGAGUAAUGCUCAUUAAGGAACUCCAUAGGAAGUGUUCCUUGGGGCUUAAAUGACCUCCCUCCUGGUAACAGCUUUCCAGGACAGCCACGAUGUUCUGUAAAUAAUGUAUUAGAAGUCUUUUCUCUGUAUAUCCUGCUUACUAAGUGUGAGUGCUCACAUUAAAGUAGAUGUUUGGUAAACCCUUCUGAUAGUAGGGAGGUCAAGAGCUGAUGUUUAGAGAAAUGUGAAGCCUCUUAUUGGAGGCAUUAUAAGAACAAAAGAGAAUGAGCAAAGAUGAAAUUUAGUACUACGAGUUCUUUCAAGUAGGAGCAAUAAAGGUGUUGAGUAAUCGUGGUGGGAUCUUAGGAGGAAGAGUGACUGCACAAUAAAAUGGCAAAUGAGAUUUAGUUGAUCAAUGCUGAAUGAUAAACAUGGAGAAAAAUAUUACUUCUCAGAGCGCAUCAUUUUAUAUCUUAAGCAGUUUCUGUAAACGUAUGUAAGUGAUAGACUGCUGAUGGCUGCCAGCCAGAAGUGAGAUCUUGGCCUUUCAGUGUAAAAUCGUGGAAAUAUUAUCUCAGUGCUGAGUGUCAAUCAAAAGUACAACAAAUGUUAAAAACCAGGAAUGGUGGCAAAGUUUAUUAUGACACUGUGUAAAGCUGUAUAAGCUUCCCAGUGUGGGGAAGAGGCAACGUGGGGGAUAUGUGAGAGGUGGCUGUGAAACCGUGAGCAGUGUAGUGAGGAGGAAGGGUGGGGAUUGACUGCUGGCCUCUUCCAACACAAGAAGCAGAGAUUGCCUGGUGAAACCAGUAGGUGUAAUGGCUUGAAACCAAAAGUCAUGCUUAGCACAGGGACCUUCUUGUCAAAGCCUGCUGUGACAGAUAACAUUUGAAACAGCUCAAGAAGAGAUGAGGCAAGCCUCUGGAGAGAAUCUUGAGGGUUACUGAAUACGUGGAUACGUGGAAACUCCAUCUCCAAGAAUAACAGCUAAAGGCUGGGCAAGGAGUAAGGCUGUGCUUGCCUUGUUCUUACUCCAUGCCGUAGGCAUCUGCUUUUGGCCACUGGUGAGAUGGGACACUGCACUGCGUGGAUCUCUGGUCUGACUCCGUGUGGUUACGCUGGGGUUUGAGGAUGGGUGAGACAACAUUUCGGAGGCCUUUCCAUCGUCAUUCUCUUGGUGAACUUUAUAAUCUGAAUCUGGGGAAAUCUGGUAAUUUGGGAGCCUGUGCAAUCCAACAGUUCAAAACAUCCCAAUGCUUAAUACCUCCAAAUUCUUGGCAAGAGCUCAGAUACUGCCUUUCUGGGACAAUGUUGUUGACUUGGCAUGAUUCCCCAAGUAUUAAAACUAAUUAAGCUUAAAUUUCCUGUGAGUUUGCAUCUCAUGAUUAUUAUUAUUUCUUUUUAAUAUUAGCAAUACUAAAUCUGAAGAGGGUAAUAAGUGCCACAGAGCAUGCAAAAACUUUGACUGGAGAGUGAAUAUGAGAUAUGAGCUCAAGCUGAAAAUAUUCCCGUGGCUCAGGCAUUCCUAACGUCUCCCCUGUGUAGGUUGCUGGCAUUUAUGGAGAGUAGAACUCGCUGUGUUCUUUCCUCCAGUGCGAGCAUACAGAGUGGUUUGUUUUGUCUGUCCAUCUGUCUUCCUCUGGAAAUCACCACUUUUUUUUUCGGAGAUUUUAAUAUCUUCUUUUAGCUUUUGCACCCGUUCAGCAGCUUCAGCCAAAUGUAUUUUGGGAUAAAUGAAUCGCACAGUUGCCAGCAAGAUUAAAAAAAAAAAAAAAAUCUAAUUAAAAGUUAAAUUGUGGCUGCACAUUUCUUAUUUGGACUGAUCAGUAUUUCAUAAUCUGUAAAGCGUUGAUCACUCUUUAAGAAGCAAAACAGGCUGAGGGUGGACCAAGGCACAGGCACAGUACUGCUGGCCUUUUCCUGCUGGAAGUGCAGUGGAUGCAUAUGUAGUCUCAGAGCAUUAUGUGAGCAAGUGUUUCUUGUGUUUGCUCCUUGCUCGAGUCAGAGCACAGCUUUCUGCUUUUCCUGCUGGGAGGGCUAACAUCCAGAAGGGCCCAACAGCUGCUUGUAAACUCUUUCCACUUACAGACAUUGCUUUUAAAACUAGCUGAUGCAAUUUAAAGCUUUCUUUUGUUUUUCCCCAAUGAAUGGCGGUUAUGGGCUUUUCUCACAAAAUCAGAUGUUACCUUAUGACCACCAUGGACAUCUCUGCUUGUGUUGCUCUGUAAAUAGUGUCAUUUAAAGGGAACGAAACGUGUCUUCUGCAGGCUGCAUUGUGUGUGUGAGUGGUGAGGUGCUGGAACAGCUGCCCAGAGAGGCUGUGGAUGCCCUGUCCAUCCCCAGAGGUGUUCAAGGCCAGAUUGGAUGGGGCCCUGGGCAGCCUGGCCUGGUAAUCAGUGUGGAGGUUGGUGGCCCUGCGUGUGGCAGGGGGGUUGAGAUUCAUGAUCCUUGAGGUCCCUUCCAAGCCGGGCCAUUCUGUGAUUCUGUUCCACCUGAUGGCUUUAAAUUUUCACUGCAUAACUUGUGUUUUGCUGUUGUCUCUGUAGGAUCUGGAGUCAGUCUGCCUCAAUUCAACCUUUCUCAGAGCAGCAAGGAAAAGUUACAUACCUGCUGUUUGGUUAUACGCUCAUUUUCCAAUUGCUGCAGUUGUGCUUUGAUCCCUUCUUGUGCAGCUUCUAUGCAUGGUUCCUUCUGUAUUGCUUUUGAGGAGCUGUAUUAGAAUGCUGCGUGUUCCUGUACAGUCACAGCUCCAGCUGCAGCAUGGGGGCAUCUCUCUUCCAUCAGUACCAAAGGAUUCGGGUUUCAGAGGGAAAACGGGAAGGUCCCUUCAUCUGCUCAUUCAUGGCAUCCAGGAGCUCUGUAAAAUGACUGAGCUAAUGCAAGUUUCCUAUUACUUCAAGUGCACAAAAAGCUGAAUUUUCGAAAGAUGCUUCCACGUAAUGGAAGGCAGGGAAGGCUGGGUUAGGGAAGGGCAUGGAGCUUUUUCACAAAAGAUGGAGUGCAGGGACAAGUUCCGUGAUUUAAGGGCGGCUGCAGGCAGUGUUCAGUAUGUGCUGUUCUUGGGAGGGAUUGGGUUCCCUGUAGGUAACACAGCAUAGAGAAGUUGGGGUGAUUUUCGUUGAACUCGUAGCUCAGUGCACUCAAGGAGGUUGGGUUGGUUACAGCACUCCAAAGGGCUCCACGGGAACCUGCUGUGGAAGGUCCAUCUGAUUUAAAAUUUCCUUGAAAGCAGCUGAUGAAAGGAGAUAUUUAUGACUUGGUCUUUCAGUCUACUUUGCACGCUUUGCUUUCUGUUCCCAGUUUUCCAAAUAGUACUGAUUUGUUCCUCAGAACAUGUUUCACUUUGGUGAAAUCUGUGGGAAUCCACCGAUGGUUGUCACUCAUCCAACAGAGGCUCCUCGUAGGGAGACAGUGCUGAUCAAUCUGAACAUCUGCUGUCAAAGAAGGGGAAACCUGUUGCUGUAGACGACUAUAGGUACUGUGAAGUUUAUUUAGGCAUUAAAAUACCUUGCUGGCUUGCAGCUGGCUAAAACCAACCCGGUGAUACUGGAUAUAGUUACCAGCUGAAAUGCUUCUAUGCAGAAUUUAAAUUAGCACUGUUCUUUUGUAUUUUAUUCUUCCAUGUUGCUCACCUUGUUCUUGAGAACAAGCAAAGGCAUUCUUCCGGACUUCUCAUUUCAGAGAGAUGAAAACCUCACCGUCCAGAUUCUCAGCACCAUGAGUGUAAAGGCUGUGCUCUCAGGAAAUUUGCUACAAGAUCCUAUCGCUCCUACAAACUCCACGUGUCAGCAUUAUGUCUGCAAAACGUGUAAAGGCAAGAAGAUGAUGAUGAAACCAUCCUGCAGCUGGUGCAAGGACUAUGAACAGUUUGAGGAGAACAAGCAGCUAAGCAUUUUAGUGAAUUGCUAUAAGAAACUCUGCGAGUACAUAACACAGACUCCCCUGGCACGAGACAUUAUCCAAGCAGUUGACUGUUCUGCAGAUCUUUUGGCUUUGCUCAAAGACGGAUCGCCACUCCACGAAGAGACGGAAAAAUCUCCUGACACAGCCUUGUCUUUGUGUUUGACACAUUCCCCAGUACCUUCAACCUCGGAGCUCACAAGUGAUCCUCCAGCUAAUUUGACGUCGAAACCUGAGGGCGCGCAGAAUGUUGAUAUCCGAGGUUCUGUUAUCAAUGGGUUGCCCAAUUGUAAUGGGCUUUCGGUAGAUAAACUUGGAGUGAAUAUUCCUUCUCCUGAACACGCCAACACGAUCGAUGUAUGUAGUACCGGAGAGUACAUGAAAAAUGAAGAUAACUCUAGCAGCCUGCAGCCUGUGUGUGACCCAGUUUCUACCAGUGACUUGUGUACGACGGGCAUUGACAUCUGCAGUUUUAGUGAAGAUAUCAAGCCAGGCGGAUCGCUUCUCCUUAGUGUUGAGGAAGUUCUCCGGAGCUUAGAAACCGUUUCAAAUACCGAAGUCUGUGGUUCUAAUUUGCAGCCCAGCUUGGAGGCAAACGUGACUAAUGGCCCUUUCCUACAGCUUUCUCCCCCGCCUCUUAGCCAUAACAUUUUUGUGUCCACAGAUGCUUCUCCUCAUGGGAUCUCAUGUACAGCAGCAACACCCAAGGUAGUCAAGUUAAACAGAAAGCGAUCUCGAUCAGAAAGCGACAGUGAAAAGGUGCAACCUCUACCUAUCUCCAGCAUCAUCUGUGGCCCAACACUGGGAGCAUCAGCUCCUGUAACAGUGAAACAGGAAAGUAAAAUGUCUUUGCAGCCUGUUGCAACUGUACCUAACGGAGGCACUACUCCCAAAAUAAGUAAAACUGUGCUCCUGUCUAACAAAAGCGUGAAAAAGAAUUUGGAACAUGCCCCUAAGAAAUCUCACCCAAAAGCCAAACCAGGGGUGCUGAAAACAAAAGACAAAGCAAAGGAGAAAGUCCCUAGCAGUAACGUUAUGCCGGGGAGCCCGACAAAAACUGUGUAUAAAAAGCCACAAGAAAAGAAAGGGUGCAAAUGUGGUCGUGCCACCCAAAAUCCAAGUGUUCUUACAUGCCGUGGCCAACGCUGCCCUUGCUACUCUAACCGCAAAGCCUGCCUUGACUGCAUAUGCCGUGGCUGCCAAAACUCCUACAUGGCUAAUGGGGAGAAGAAGCUGGAGGCAUUUGCGGUGCCAGAAAAGGCCUUGGAGCAGACUAGGCUUACUUUGGGCAUUAAUGUGACAAGCAUUGCGGUGCGCAAUGCCAGCACAAGCACCAGUGUAAUCAAUGUGACAGGGUCACCAGUAACUACGUUUUUAGCUGCCAGUACACACGAUGACAAAAGUUUGGAGGAAGCUAUAGACGUGAGAUAUGACUGUUGAAUCUUUUUCUUUUCCCUGCCGUCAGUAGGGGAACUGCUACAGUUUAAAGGCAGCUAUGGUUCUGUUUAACUUGCUGGAGCUCCUGCGUUUAGAUCACUUGUAUCAAGUGUUUUUCAUUGCUAUGUUAUGUGUAUUAGUGUCUGGGAAAUAGUUGCAGAUAAUGGAGGAGUUACCCUAAAACUGUUUUUAGUUCUUACAGCACCUCAUAGUUUGAGAUGAAUUGCUGAUGUAAAUGAUUUUAUCACAAGAUCUUUGGCAAGGAGAAAUAUUAACCUCAUUGUACUUGCUCAUGCUUUGUGCUCAGUCAAAGCUUCUGCUUAAACGUAGAGAAGUGCUAUCUAGUUAGCCCGUGCAAACUGUGCUAGAUUAUGGUGCAGAAAAGUAAUUAUCAAUUGGUUACAAUCACUACUGCCAGAAAAUCGCCUAGUAUUUCUGGAGAAAAUGCAGCAUUAAGCUGAGGAAUACAGUCUGAAAAGGGUAGGUAAUUUUGAUUGUUAGAAUUGAUUAUGGAGCAGUUACAAAUUAAGAUCAGUAAGAUGUGAGAAAGCUAACAGCCCACAGAGCAGUUCAGUCUCCCACCGAGGGUCAGGGAGAUGAGUUACUCAGACACGAACGUUAAAUCACCGUCACCAGUGUGCCAUCCCCGUCAAUACCAUCAUUCCUUUUUUUUCCUGCCAGUUCCACUGGUCGUGCUCCUGAUCUGUUAAUGCCCUCCAUGCCGGCUCCAUUUGUUUGACGUGUGUCUGUUUUGACUGAAGUGGAAAAAUCGCUUGUACACAAAGAAGGUUCAAGUUUGAGGAGCGCUACCUCCUUACAGCCCUCUCCUUUUUUCCUUUCAUUGCCAGUUCCUGAUGAUUCUGAUUUUAGUGCUGCCGCUUCUAGAAGAGCUGCUGCUAUUUUUUUAGUGAGCUUCUGAGGAGGGGCUCCGUGGCUGCUUUUCCUCUGCCCCUGUUGUGCUGCCGGUCAGUGAGUGCAGUGUGCAGAUACCUCCUGCAGUUGCCAUUGCUGGGUAUGUUUGGUUUUUUAAGCCGAAGUGCAGCACACCUGGGGGAGCUCCUUUGAGGGCAGUUCUUUGCUGACAGGAUCUCUUGGCUGGGGCAGAAAAUGGAUUUCUAUCAAAGGUCAAAUAUUUUGGAUGUUUGUUAGACACAAGAAGCUGUAUAAUUCACCCGGAAUCCGUCGCAUUUUUCUGUGAUACAUUGAAAGUCGCUUUCAGAGGUCAAUGUUUUUGUGACUUGGGCUGAAAAGACCCCAAGCGGAAAAAUAACAAAAAGUUGUCAGAGAGCUCGUUUCAAAAAGUGUUAGAAAUUGAAAACCUUCAUAGGAAUUCAGCUUUAUGAUAAUUUAAAAUAAAAAAAAGCUCAUUUAAUCGUAAUCCCGAAAUAAAAGUACAGUCAGAAGCAUUUAGUCCUGUCGUUAAGAUUCCAUUGGCAACUUGAAAAAUGCAGUUGUUUUGUGAAAGCAGAAAUUUCUCCUCUUGGGAUGACAGAGCACAGACUGAGCACAGGCUGACUAGAACACACAACAUUACCUUCUAAUUUAAAAGGCGAUUCCUGUUUCAGCAGCAUGUUAAAUAGUACGUGAGUUUUUCGAGUUAACUGCUUCCAUCUUUCUUUAAUUCAUCUAAUGGAGUCUGCAGUGCUUGCUGACCUAACGUUAGGUGUAUUUUGAUUUGGCACAAAGCAUGUACAAUGAUGGUUACUCACCUAAGAAAUAAGCAAAAACCUUUGGACACGAAUGGCACCUCCUUUCGUUUUGUAGUGUACCAUGGUGUCAUUUUCUGUGGACGUGGUCAGAUCUUUUUGUUGGUUUUGGUUUGUUUCUCCCCCCGUCUUUUUUGUGGGGUGGGUAGGGUGGGGGGUUAAAGCCAUAGGAAGAAAAAUGUGAUGUAUGUGUCCAGUCUGUACUUUUUUGUUUUUGUUUUGCAAGAAGAGUUGAAAAAUAUUUUUGAUAAUGAGUAAAUGGUGGAAAAUGCUUCUUAGUAUUCUUGUCUUUAUUUGCCAACCCAGGUACCUAAGGUGUGUGUUUUCUAGCCCUCAUGAGAUUUAAUGAUGUCCUAUUAAAAUGUAUUUAGUUAAACUUGUAUGUGAUUUUUGUGUUGACCCAAGAGGAUCCUACCGUUUCCUGACUUGGUGGUUUGAUCGUGACCUACUGAUGUAAAUCUGUUUCCCAGUCCACUACAUGUAAGAAACGUUGCCAGACCGGAGUCUGAUCUAAGAGGAGUAAAAUGCACAGCAUGGGUUAUUUCUGAAUGGUUUUGCAGAGCUGUUAAGUUUUGCUGGGAUUGUUGGUGGUACAUUUAUUAGGACUUAUAUUAAAUUACAUGCGUAGUACCUUUGCUCCACAAAUGCAGGAGUACUUGGAGUCUUUAGUAUCUCACUGCUGCAUUAAAUAUGGUGGUUUAGGUCAAGUGUGUUUUGGAACUGUUGACAGGAGAGCCCUGAUCGUUAAUGUAAACAGUGCAAAUGGUAGAUUCAGGUUGUUUCUAAAAACGUUUCUUUUUAUGCUGCCACGUUUUUGAAAUGUGUAUUAAAAUUCAAAUUGAUUUAAUAAAUGUUAGUUUUCUAAUUCUA